UUUUUUGGGUCUUAUAUAUUUAUUCUCCUUUCUCAAACAGGAAAUGGAAAAACUACUACUGUUGCAAAGACAACCACAAAGAUACCGACAACAACUACAAAGAUACCGACAACAACUACAAAGAGACCGACAACAACUACUAAAAGACCGACAACGACCACGAAAAAGACGACAACACCCCGCGCUACCACCUCAACCACUACAACUCCUUUAACCCCGCCUAGCACAAUAACAUUCAAUUGCAGUUUUGACAAAGACCUUUGUGGAUUGGAACAGAGCAAGACAGACAAACUUGAUUGGAAUUUGCAGGCAGGAAGAACAAUAAGUUCGCGAACAGGUCCCAAUGGAGAUCGUACUUCAGAGGGUGGAAAAUACAUUUACUUGGAAGCAUCAGGCGUAAGAAGAAAGGGUGAUGAUGCAAUAAUUUCAACACCUUUUAUGCAAUUCUCUAAUCAACCACAAUGUCUAGAGUUUUUUUAUCACAUGUAUGGCUCACAGAUGGGUAACCUGGUCGUCUUCCUAGAAGAUAAGAAUGGAAAAAGGGAAACUUUGUUUCAAGUGGUUGGAAAUAAGGGCAAUAAAUGGCAUCAAAAGCUAGUUAACUUAGCCGGUGAUUACGGAGUAUGGAAGAAGAUUGUCUUUAGAGGAAUAAGGGGUUCAGGAUACGCAUCUGACAUUGCUAUUGACGAUCUUUACAUUUACCAAUCACCAUGCCCUAAUUUACCAUCUCCAACUUUGUUGUCGUGCAGUUUCGAACACACAUUUUGUGAGUGGAAAAACGGUGGCGACUUCAAGUGGCAACGUUUACGAGGUUCGACUCUAUCAAUGGGAACUGGACCAAGUUUUAGUGCAACUGGAAUUACUGGAUACUACAUAUACACUGAGGCAUCUUAUCCACGUGUUAUGUUUGAUAAAGCCUCGUUGACAUCUCCAUUUGUUUACACGUCAAGUCCUAUGUGUAUGAGUAUGUUUGUUCACAUGAUGGGUAAUGGAAUCGGAUCUCUAUCGGUGACUGCUGUCACAAAAGAUGGAAAAACCAUAAAAUUAUUCUAUGCUGAAGGCCAAAUGUCAAAACAUUGGACCAAUGUUGCUGUAGAUUUACCAGUUCAAGCUGCAAUGACUUUGCAAAUUAAAGCUGCAGUUGGCAAAAACUAUCAAGGAGAUAUUGCUGUUGAUAAUAUUCUUGUGCAACCUGGCCGGUGCCCAAAGAAACAAAAGGUGGAGAUGUCCUGCAAUUUUGAACAAAACUGCCCACUUCAAUAUAAAACUCCUUCUUCUUUUCACUGUGCACCAGUUAAAACAACUACUACUACUAAUGGAGCCAAAAACUCAUUCCUUUCGUGGAGUAAUACAUGUGGUCGCAAAGCUGGUCAAGUUGAGAUUGCUAUUCCAAAAGUGUCUCCUCGUGGCUCCUGUAUGAGCUUUAACUACACUAUCCGUAAUAAGGGAACUUGCCGAAUCAACGUUUAUCACGUGUUCAAGGAUGGAACACGAACGUACACAACUAGGCAGCCUUACAUUUAUGAUCGUGCUGAAGGAGUGUGGGUACAUCACAGUGUUCCUUUGACAAAUUCGCCGAAUCAAAGUGGGCAUAAGGUUCGUCUCACUACAAACUCUAUGUCAUCAUGCAAAUAUGUUGGUAUUGAUGACAUUGUAGUAAAGGAUGGUUUAUGCGGUUAACUAACGGUUCAAAUGGAAGGCUUACCCAUUAUGUAAAACUCGCACAGUUUAAGUUUUGUGCAUCUUAUAAUUAUUUAACAAUUAUCGCAACCUUACAUUACUUCUCGAUUUUUAAUUUUUGUUUAUACCAUUGAGGAAUUCGAGGGUUUUUUUUGAUUUCAGAAGUUAAAAGUCAAUAUAGAGUAAACACAUAUUCUCAUUUUUUUCUAAUUUCUGUAUAAAAUAUAGAAAUGUUACAUAAAAUACGUGAAUGUAAUUAGACACUAAAGUAUCUUAACGUAAUCACUUGUAAAUCGAAAAUCAAACAAAUGGAAGAGAUACUUCUGUUAUAUUUUGCAAUUUAUGACCUCGCAAGUUGUAGGAAGUUUUUUUGUAUCUUUGUCGUAAUCAUUCACCUCUCUUUAUUUACUUACAUUAGAGGAGCUAAAAAUAUUGAUUUUCAUCUUUUUAAGAUACAAAGAAAUGGGUAGUUUUUUGAUUGUCACCCGAAGAAAUGUUGAUUAAUACAGAUGUAGUAUGUGAUAAAAGGAACAAAAUGAUGACAAUCAAUUUUACUAAUGUCUGUAACUCAUCUGUGACACUAUCACCAUCGUGAAAUUUGUGCAAAUUACCAAAGCAUAUUGAACAUCAAUCUACUUAAGUUCUGGUUCGAAUUUUAACAUUCUGUGUGGAGUUUAACAUAUCUUCGGGUUUUUACAUAUUUUGUAUGACAAAACAAUGACAACAAUUGCCCAAAAAAUCGGUUUUCCCCAAUUUACGGGUUAAAUACAAAAACAUUUGACAAAUAGGAGUAAUCACGUGUCACAACUGUCAGAAAGACUUCUUUUAAAUUAUGUUAUAAAUUUCAAAUUCUAAUCGUAAUUUUAACAAUCUAUUUCAAGGUAUUUUACCGAUUAUGAGGACUUUAUAAAACGGGUAAUGUCGAGUAAUAGUCAAUAUGUAAUACUCUAGUAGGCAUGAAUGGAAAAAGGGAUGCGUCACAUUAUCAACGUGAUGUAACUUACGGAUAUAUCGAAAUAUUUUGGUAAGUAGCUACCAGCAAUUUGUGAUUUAGUACUUAUGGAGGUAGUGCGGGACUGUUUUCCACGUUCACGUGGCUAAACCCUGUAUAGAUCCCUUUAAUAAUAACCGUGUUUGUGCGCGUAUAAAAGUCGUGUUACGGAAACACGAAAUGCGAUAUCUAAAGGACGGACGAAUCCGCGGAUAUAUGCACGGACUACCGACUGGUCUAUAUUAUAUGACCCGUAUACGUCUGUGUGAAUGUGCGGCAAAGCAUACCAAAUUUCAUCCUCAAAGAUGAAGAUUUUCACAGCUAUCGUCACAGAAAUCACCCCCGUCCAAUUUUUGAAAUCCCUAGGACAUGCUUGCGUGAUAGAAGGUAUACCAAGUUUCUCCUAAACUAAAAGCACGAAAUCGUAUCAUCUGUCUGGACAAUGAGUUUAGCGGUAAGCAUUCAAAGUGCCUCUUUUUGAGCUUUGUUUGUUCUGCAUGCUUUGCAUUUAA